AUGGAUGGUUUCCUCGCACACUUCGUACCAUUUCUGCGCGAAGUCGCAAUCUCCGCAGCAAUCGAAAUCCUCAUCUCCUUACUCCUAGAAGAACCUACCUCCUUUUAUCUUAACAUACUUUUCAAUCCCAUAUUCACAAAGGCUAAGAUUUACUCUUACGAAGGUCUUGUCUGUACUAUCUAUGCAACCGCUCUCUAUGGCAUCUGUCAGUUCCUCAAGGCAUUCUCGACCAUGCCUAUGGAAGAGGCUGGUGAUUAUCAGAUGGCGGCUCUCUAUUGGUACCCCAUCACGGAGCUCGAUCUUAUUAUGAACUCGAUGGAUGACGAGUGGGAUUAUAUUGCUCCCUUAUUUGCGACUAUCCAUCAUAUUUACAUGGUAUUUGUAUGCUGUUUUGUCGGUCUGUCGUUGGGAUGCGGCUUGAUCAUUCAUACUCACCUCCCUGCUUGGACAUUACCCUAUCCACAGUGGUUUCGAUCGGCAUACACCUUUAUUGCUACUAUAUGUAGCGGCACUGUUAGAAUUAUUCAAUAUAUCUACGCCUCUGUGGAGUUACUUUUGGCUUAUUGCCUUGACCUGCUUCUCCCAGAAAGUCCGUUAUGCUUAAUCGUCAGCUCCACGGGGCUGAUUCUCGGUGAUAUACUGCUGGCAAUGUGGGCUGCAAAUAUUUUAGUUCCUGCUCACCCAAGUGACCAAUUCAAUACGAUGAGAUUUUGGAAUAAAUCGUCGGAAAUACCUCCCCACGGCGCUGUUUUUACAUGGCGCUUUGGCAGCCCCCCAACGCCAGGAUUUGCAACAUGGUACAACAAUCAACACGAGCUUGAUGAAAUGCAUCACUAUCCUGCGUUCACGGGCCCUAUCGCAUUGCUAAUAAUAUUCGUCGGCUUCACAUUGAUUUGGGGGGAUAAGCCCCAGAAGCUCAGACAAGUUGAGCACACAAUCGAGGAGACGCUACGCAAGAAUGAGAUAACUCACGAUUUUGAGGAUUACCUAAGAAAACGAUUGAGCAGGACGGACGGCUGCAAGGCAUUUUUAGCGGCAAAUUUGAAAGCAUUCCGUGAUGUUGUUGCACGGAACAGAACUCUUAUAUAUUCAAUUGGGGUUCUUAAUGGUAGGGCUCAGAGAGCGCAAAACGAUCUGACAGAGAGAGCCCAGCAACUUGAUGCAUAUACGAGAGAGUGUCUAGAUCUUCGGGGAGUUAAUGCAUAUCUGCAGACUGAACUCGGCAGACUGCGUGUUAGUGCUGAUGUGCAGGCCCAUACGACGCAUCUGGCUUCGGCAAAUAAUGAGAACGUUAACCUUCAGCAUCAGAUGGAUAACUUGCGGCAGAAACUAGAGGCCGUUCGUGGAUCAACAGAAACUGCUGAAGUAAGAGCGACUGCAGCUGAGACAGAUGGAUCGAGGCUCCGCGAGCAGGAAUUGUCCGAACAACAAAGUACUUUUGAACGCGAGAAGUCAGCUACCAAAGCUGCUGCAAACAACGAUACAAACAUAAUCACUGAACUCAGAACAAGAAACAAUGCCAUGAUCGCACAUAUUCAAACUCUCCAAGUCGGGCUGAAUACCCAGGAAGCCCGCUCAGCCGAAACGAUAAGAGCUGCCGAACAAACUGCUCGUGAGGAGCGGACGAAAACGGUGGUCAGGAACAGGGGCCUUCAGAUGCGCAAGGUGCAUCGAAUUAGACAAAAGAAAACAUCCAAUUUGAAAAUUUUGUGUCAAGAAGAGAAAGAAACUUCUACGGCUUAUAAAAAUCACAACCAACUGUUAGAGCACCGCCUUUCUCAAUUGGACACGUCUCGGAAAGGCAGUACGCAGGUCAUCCACGAUCGGCACAAGGACAACGAAGCCAGAAAGUUAAGAGAUCAGCUUGAACGAUCGCAAGCGCGGAACCGGAUACUCCAAGAUGAGGUCAGGAAUCAACAGGAGACAAUUGAUCAGCUGCAAAGACAGUCGGUCACCGCCGCAACCAUGUCUCCUGGUCAGCAACAACCAUCUACGCCGCGCUCCCGUGCCGAAUCCGAUGAGAUUGUGCGAGUGAGAACUGAGCUCACGCACGCGGAGGAAGAUAUUCGGCGCCUUCGGAUUCAAGUGUCGAAUUUGCAGAUGCAACGAGGCGGUUCCAAGUCCGGUGAUCCUUUCAUGCGAGGGAAUCAGCGCCGACGGUGA